UCUCCUUCCUCCUCUGAUAAGCUUAUAACCUCAGGGUGGAGAUCGUAUCCAUGUUAUAAUUCUAAAAUUUUUUAUUUAUUCAUUGUCUCCAUCAUCAUCAGCAGCCAUGUUCUGUCGUUCUGUCCUACUGGUUCUCCUGGGGCUCUCCUGCCUUCAGUCCUUCACCACGGCACAGAAUGCAAAUGGAGCAGGAUUGUGCUGUUUCGAGUUUCACAAAAGACCGAUCCCUUCAGCGAACAUCGCGGCUGUACAAGAUACGAGAUUCGACUGCACACUUCCUGGAGUCAUUCUUAAAACAAAAAAAGGACGUCGGAUUUGUGCGGACCCUGAGGUGGACUGGGUGAAGGAGCUCAUGAAAAGUAAACCUUCAGCAUAGACUCAGACAACAUAUUUAAAACGUCUCAGAAUUGAUUUAGAUUAAGAUGUUUUUAUUUUAAGCAAAUUAAAGGACAAAAAUUUUUUAAAUAAAUCAAUAAAUCAAACUUUCUGCUGUAACUGCACUAAUUUUUUAUAUAUUCUACGCAUUAAAGCACAUUUCUAACUCAUG